AUGGGUAAAAGUUUGAGGGAUGUAGAUGGAAUGCCUCUUCCUGAUUCUUCUUUGAUAAAAGAUUCAGGAAAUUGCUUGCUAAAUGAAGAGCUUGAAGAUGAUCCUUUGGAUAAGAGCUUGAGAGAUAUUCCCUUAUCAAGAUAUGAAAAUAGUUGUGAGAAACCUUUUAAAGGUCUUUCACCAUUUUUCAAAAUCUAUGAGCUUAAGCAAAAUAUGAGACCCCAUAGUAAAAGAGUUAACAAUUCUAAGGCUGCUGGAUUUGCUUCUUUUGACAUAUGUUUGUUACAAAUUGGAGAUGGUUCCUUUUAUGAUGAUGUUCAUGAAUACCUUAUUCAACUUCCUUCUGACAUCAAUCUAGAAUCAGUUGAAGAUCUGAUGAAAUGCAUUGUUGAAGCUGUUUAUCCAUCACUUUUGGACAAGUAUUGUGAUCCUGCAUAUUUGAAGGAGAGAGCUAUUUUAAAGCCAAAAAAUGAAAUGGUUCACGAGUUGAAUGAAAUGAUAAUGAAUUUAAUACCAGGUGAAGAGAGGACUUAUUUUAGUUUAGACAACAUUUGCAAAGCAAGUGUGAACAUGAAUGAUAAAAAUCUUUUGCACCCAAUAGAAUUUCUGAAUAGAUUGAAAUUUGUUGGGAUUCCCAAUCAUGACAUAUGCCUCAAAACAUAG